UCGGGGCGUGUUGCAGGUGAAGAAAUUGCUCUCGUUCAUCAAGGAGGAUUGGCAACGAUACGAAAACCUGCCAGAGCAUCGGAUUUUACAGAAAUACAGUGUACACGGCAGACUGUUCGUUCUACUUUACGGAGGAUACCUCUCCAUGGCCACCCUGAUAUUCCUGGCGCUUCCGAUGCCAGAAAUGAUCAAGGACAGCAAGAACCGCAAAAACCUUACGGACCUGCGACUCUUAUUUCCAAUGGAGUACAACGUUGACCACGGGAAAUAUUACCAUUCGAUUAUAGCGCACAGCUACUGCAUAACCCUGCUAACGGUCAUUUCCAUCGUCGCAGCGGAAUCGUUCUUUAUCAUAGUUAUUCAACAUUCCGUAAUCUUAUUCACUAUCAUAGGAUUUCAGAUGAAAACAGCGCACGUUUUGGACGAGCGAAUCCUCUACCGAGGCGACCAGUGGAAAGCUCCGACGGCCACGAAAUUCUCCGCGCAAGAAGAAAUACUCGUCUAUCGAAAAAUUGUACGCUCGAUCGUGGAGCAUAACAGGGCGCUCGAAUACGUGUCGCUUGUCCAAUCAACAUUCUCGACGGCGAUAUUCUUCCAAAUUUUCUUCAACGUCGUCUGCAUGAGCGUCAGCGCGGUGGAGAUAUUAAUGAGCGCGGCGGACUUGGACGUCGUGUUGGGAAUGUUGCUCUGGCUGGUGGGCCAGGAAAUGCAUUUAUUCUUCCUCUGCCUUUCUGGACAGAGGAUCACCGACUCUUGCGAGAACGUGUACAAUGACGCCAUCGAGUGCCUGUGGUAUACAUUCUUCGCGAAGAGCAAGGUGAUUUAUCGGUUCUUGAUUAUGAACAUUGCGACGCCUCGCCAACUGGUCGCCAUGAAGCUGCUGGUACUGAACAUGCAAACCUUCCAAGCGGUGACGCGUUUGGCCGCAUCAUAUUUCACGGUUCUAUCUGCAACGUUAUAAGUGUACACCACACCUGCGUACUCUCGCUGCUUCGCAACGGGCCAAGUAUCUUCGGUGUAGACAUUCCACAAUGAGAUG